AUGCCUGCCUACCGCCUAUCCGAGUCGGAGCGAGACACGGGGUCCAACCCCCAUAGUUUCAAGGUUUUCUGGUCCGUCGUGGAUAAGGAAGGAACCGUCCUCUUAGGGAAUUCAAAGCAUACAUGGUAUAAGCUCGGAGACGAAUCGUUGUACCGCGAACCGGUAGCCCAAGUAAUGGAGGUCGUUGGCCGUGCAAAUAUAGCGGUUAACGCAGCGUAUCUUAUAGAAAUACCAAGCUUUGACCCGACGGACCCGACGUUGUUCAAGUGCGGUGUGAAACAACAAGCAUGCUUAAGAAAAGCAUUCCUGAGCCGCGUGCAGUCGAGUGGAGUGGAGAAGUUCCUCAAGUGGAAAAAAUGGCACGAGGCUAGAGUGAACGGUUCGCCGGAUAAAACUUGCGACCAGCAGUAUACCGAAUAUGAUGAGAUUCGUGCCUGGCAGGAUCUGAGCCACGAGUUCGAUGAUGAUUUUUGCCAGAGGGCGUUUGAGUCACGGGACUGCCUGGGUGCUAGGUUGGUGGAUGGAGAGAUAGCCUCCGAGGCUAUGGCUUUGCGAAGCAAGUUACAAGAGCAACUAAACAUGUAG